UAUACUUAAAAAAUGCCUUCGGAACAGCAUACGAACAUUAAAGUGGCGGUGCGUGUACGGCCGUAUAAUGUCCGGGAAUUGGAGCAGAAGCAGCGGAGUAUUAUCAAGGUCAUGGACCGAUCGGCGCUGCUCUUCGAUCCCGACGAGGAGGACGACGAGUUCUUCUUUCAGGGCGCCAAGCAGCAGUAUCGCGACAUCACCAAGCGGAUGAACAAGAAGCUGACCAUGGAUUUCGACCGGGUCUUUGAUAUCGACAGCUCCAACCAGGAUUUGUUCGAGGAGUGCACGGCGCCGCUGGUCGACGCGGUGCUAAAUGGUUACAACUGCUCGGUUUUUGUUUAUGGAGCCACUGGCGCCGGCAAAACCUUCACCAUGCUGGGCAGCGAGGCUCAUCCCGGCCUGACCUUCCUCACCAUGCAGGAUCUCUUCGAUAAAAUCCAAUCCCAGAGCGAUGUGCGCAAGUUCGACGUGGGCGUAUCCUAUCUGGAGGUCUACAACGAGCAUGUGAUGAAUCUCCUGACCAAAUCGGGUCCUCUCAAGCUUCGUGAAGACACCAAUGGCGUGGUGGUCAGCGGUCUCUGCCUCACACCCAUCUACAGCGCCGAGGAGCUGCUGCGAAUGUUGAUGCUGGGCAACUCGCAUCGCACCCAGCAUCCCACGGAUGCGAAUGCGGAGAGCUCGCGGUCACAUGCCAUCUUCCAGGUGCACAUCCGAAUCACGGAGCGCAAGACGGACACCAAGAGGACCGUCAAGCUGAGCAUGAUCGAUCUGGCGGGCAGCGAAAGGGCGGCCAGCACCAAGGGCAUUGGAGUGCGGUUCAAGGAGGGUGCGAGCAUCAACAAGAGCCUCUUGGCGCUGGGAAAUUGCAUUAACAAGCUGGCCGACGGGCUGAAGCACAUCCCGUACCGCGACUCCAACCUGACACGCAUCCUGAAGGACUCGCUGGGCGGCAAUUGCCGCACCCUGAUGGUGGCCAAUGUCUCGAUGAGCUCGCUCACCUACGAGGACACCUACAACACGCUAAAGUACGCCAGUCGGGCCAAGAAGAUACGCACCACGCUAAAGCAGAAUGUCUUGAAGUCCAAGAUGCCCACCGAGUUCUAUGUGAAGAAGAUCGACGAGGUGGUGGCCGAGAACGAGCGACUCAAGGAGCGCAACAAGGCGCUGGAAGCCAAGGCCACGCAACUGGAGCGCGCCGGCAACAGUGGCUUCGAUCCGCAGGAGCUCAAGUCGUGGUACAGCAAGAUAGACGCUGUAUAUGCGGCCGCCAGGCAGCUGCAGGAGUACGUCCUUGGCAUGCGCAGCAAGAUCAAGAACAUUAACUACCGGCAGACGCUGAAGAAGGAGCUGGAGGAGUUCCGGAAGACGAUGUGCGUGGACCAGCGAGUGUGCCAGGAGGACUAUCGUCGCUUUGCGAACUACAUGAGCACGCUGACCAGCCAGAUGGAGAAGUACAAGGAGGAGCUGCCCGCCUGGCUGAGUAAAAUGGAGAGUGCCUACCAGGAUCUGGAGAGCCUGAAGAGGGAGGUGAACAAGUCGAAGGCCUACCAGAUCCUAAUCGUAUACGUCAAGCACAAGGAUCUCGAGCUGCAGCUGACCAAGCAGAGUAUCUUCAACAGCCAUGUGACCGCCAUCAACCAGGAGCUGGUUGAGAACCUGGACCUGAUGCGGAAGUCCUUCCGGGCUGCCUGCGAGGUGCUCAACCAGACGUACGAUCGCCUGGAAGAUGGACAAAAGCUGACGCCGGAAAUCGAGGCAGUUUUCGAAAGGCUGCUGCGGAAAAUGCGGUUCGCUGACUCUGAGGCCAACACCAAAAUGGCCGAGAUGGAUCCGAUGUUGGUGCCCGAAUCUCUGCGCAGUGGCCAAGAGGAAGAAGAGCCAUCCUGCAGCCUGACGGCCAGUGCCAAGAAGCGGCAAAGGCAGGCGGCCCAGAGCGACGACGAUCUGCACUUGAGUAUGGAGGAAUUCGACAGCCAGGACACCGAGUCUGAUUCGGAGGAGAUGCACAGGACCUUCAAGAGGCCGCGAAAUCUCAACGAGACGCAGGUUCUUGGCCCCUCCAGUAGUAGCGCCCGGAAAGCUCUCACGGCAACGGUCACCAAGCCGAGAAUUGUCCACCAGCGACUGGUCAGCGAUCUGAUAUCCGACCAGAAUGUUCGUGGCGGCAACGAGAAGAUCAAAAAGGCUCUGCUUAAAUCCAAUCACUUUACCGCCCAAGGACUUCAGCGAACGCUGGCGGCUGCUUCUUUGGCCAAGGAGAACGUCAAAUACAACGCCAACUAUGUGCGCAAGAGUCCACGAGCGCUGAUGGCCAAAGCCCUCGCUGGCACCUCCACGCUAACGAGAAAACCACUCGGAUCGUCCAGUAAGGAGCCGCCUUUGGUCAAAUUCAAUCGGGCAGCCUCGUUUCGCCUGAAGAAGUAGGACCACACACUUUCGUUCAGUUCGUUUAAGCUUGCGUUUGCCUUGAGUUAACCGAGACAGAUCCAUGUUCAAACUAACAAUAGCUAUAACCAUAGAUAUAGAUAGUACACUAACCCCACCAACCUUUAGCCCCAUUUCACUUUUUCAGUUCAGUUUUGACCCAUUACUUUAACCUUGAAUUUAUUUAUGUACUUUUUUAUAUAUGUUUUGAUAAGUUGGAAAGAAAGCCUUGCGUUACGCGCUAUAUCUAAAAAUAUACAGCCGUUUCCUUGCCCUCA